UCGUGCCAAAGAAACUGAGCGUAGUGCUCGUUAUUUGUACUCAUAAUAUUUUUGUUAUAUCAACAUUCGGUAUGGUGAUUGGUGUUAACGUUGGGUUUGCUGGUUCUAGGGGCAGAUACGAAAUGUUGUCAGGAUGGCGGCUCGCUUUAUCAAAACUAUUCAUAAUACCACAAAGGUAUGUGUUCGCGAUAAUGGCGCUGUUGGCAGUUGCCAAUGCGUAUACGAUGCGUGUAUGCCUCAACUUGGCAAUCACGCAAAUGGUGAAGAAGACGGCUGCAGUUGAGGGCGACGCGAACUGGGAUCCCGAUGCAUGUCCAGAUCCCAGCAUUGUAACUAACGGGACUAUGAAACUGUCGGAUUAUUUUUUGAGGCAAACUGGCCCCGUUCUUUUUCAAUGGAGUGAAGCAACUCAAGGUCUUAUUUUAAGUUCGUUUUACUACGGCUACGUCAUAACACACAUUCCUGGGGGCAUGCUAGCUGAGCGGUACGGAGGGAAAUGGGUGCUUGGAGGUGGUUUGUUGUCAACAGCUGUUUGUACUUUCAUCACCCCGUAUGCUGUCAAAAAUGGUGGUGCGACUGCGUUAUUUAUUCUACGUGUCAUUGAAGGAUUUGGUGAGGGUCCAACUAUGCCGGCAUUAAUGGCAAUGGUGUCCAAAUGGGCACCAAGGUCUGAAAGGGCACGUAUGGGAGCCAUUGUUUUUGGCGGUGCCCAGAUUGGUAAUAUUGCUGGGUCGUAUUUCUCAGGCCUUAUUAUGCAUGCGGGCACAUGGGAAAACGUAUUUUACAUGUUCGGUGGUUUCGGUCUUGCAUGGUUUGCAUUUUGGUGUGUUCUUUGCUACAGUACACCCAACACGCAUCCUUAUAUAUCGGAUAAUGAAAAAAGGUUCCUGAAUGAAAAUGUUCAGGCAUUAAUACAUAGCGAGGCACAAAAGUUAGAUCCAGUACCAUGGAAAGCCUUGCUGAGAUCUGUUCCUCUUUGGUGCCUGAUUAUUGCUGGCAUUGGCCACGAUUGGGGCUACUUUACAAUGGUGACAGAUUUACCUAAAUACAUGACCGAUGUGUUGAAAUUCAACAUUAAGUCUGCAGGGUUACUCUCGGCCAUUCCUUACGUUGCUAUGUGGAUUGCUUCAUUCUUCUUUGGACUUGUUUGCGAUUUCUGUAUCAAGAGAAAUUAUCACAGUAUUCAAAAUGCAAGGAAGAUUUAUACUAGUAUAGCUGCAACUGGUCCAGGCAUCUGUAUUAUCCUUGCUUCGUAUUCGGGAUGUGACACAACAUUAGCAGUAUUUUGGUUUAUUGCUGCUAUGACUCUCAUGGGGGCGUACUACAGUGGCAUGAAGAUCAAUGCUCUUGACAUAACACCUAAUUAUGCUGGAACUACCACUGCAAUGGUGAAUGGUAUUGCUGCAAUUUCUGGGAUUAUUACGCCUUAUUUGAUUGGUCUACUUACUCCAAACUCGACCUUAAAAGAGUGGCGAGUAGCAUUUUGGGUGUGUCUUGCAGUUCUGGUUUUCACAAACAUCGUAUACCUCAUCUUUGCUAAGGGUGAACAGCUGUGGUGGGACGAUGUGAAAAGACAUGGCUACCCGGUGUCUUGGAAACACGGGCCGUUGCCAUUACGAACAAAUGACUCUGAAAAGGCUGAAAGUGAACAAAGGAAAGAAAAACAAUGACCUAACUAACUACUAUUAUUACGAGUAAAAUUAGCUUUAAGUUUAUAAUUUA